GAAAAGCCAGCCCAAUCACUUUUCUACUGGCGAUACCUUCGUUCAUGUGACUCUUGUGAGCGCACGCCCUCAAAUCUGGUUUUGAGUACUUGCUUCCGGGUUGGUAACCCAACUACCCCAGGUGACUGGGCCAUCCAAGCCCGCCCAACCCGUUCCACUAUUGGCUGGGACCGCAACCCUCCCUCCCAGGGUUAAGACGUAGCACUUCUGCCAGGAAGCGGAUCCCCCAGGCUCGGAUCUUCGGUGACCCGGUACGUUUUCGGCGACGGCCCCUGCCGCUCCCGGAGUCCAGCUGGACUUUCUGUGACUCUGGCAUUGGUCCCUUAGUAGCUCAUCAGCCCACGUACUUCUGGGUCCGAGACAGGCCUGGUGAACCGUGUAGACUAGGCUCGGCACCAUGGCGUCCCAGGGUAGUCGUCGGAGGCCGCGGAGGAGGCCAGAGACUGUGGUGCCGGGAGAGGCGGCCGAGACGGAUUCGGAACUCUCCGCGUCUUCGUCGGAGGAAGAGCUGUACCUGGGGUCUUGGGGUCCGACGCGCGGCCGCCCCACAGGGCUGCGGGUGGCUGGGGAGGCCGCAGAAACCGACUCAGACCCGGACCCGGAGCCCACGGCCGCGCCCAGGGACCUGCCUCCGCUUGUGGUGCAGCGGGAAUCGGCGGGGGAGGCCUGGGCCAUGGAGGAGACCCCAGCACCUGCCCCUGCGCUCUCGCUGCUGCAAAUUCGGCUGGCCGAGAGCCAGGCAAGGCUGGACCACGAUGUGGCGGCCGCCGUGAGCGGCGUGUACCGCCGUGCGGGCCGCGAUGUGGCUGCCUUGGCUAGUAGGCUGGCGGCUGCCCAGGCCACAGGGUUAGCUGCGGCCCAUAGCGUGCGCCUGGCUCGAGGGGACCUCUGCGCGCUGGCCGAACGCCUGGACAUUGUGGCUGGCUGCCGCCUGUUGCCGGACAUCCGCGGAGUGCCGGGGACGGAGCCUGAGCAAGACCUUGGGCCGCGAGCCUACCUAUGACUCCUUCCCUACCUGACUCUGCCACUUGGGGUUAGGCCUUGCUGCUUCUGGGACCUGGCUUUGUCACCCCCAGCUACUCUCUUGCUGUCACCCAUGGACCUAACCCCACUUCCUGGAUAGUACUGUGUGUUGGAUAUAGUUCACACUCUGCUGUGGAAACCAGCUCUCCACUACCCUCACAUGUGCUUCCUCCAAGUGGUCUUGACCCUGUACGUGGCACUGGGGCCUGGCUCUGACCCUUGGUAAAUAAGUGCUCUUCCAUCUGUUUGCACCCAGAGGCUUGCCAUGCACAUUUCCCUGUGUGCUGCCUUUCUGAGUUUGGUUUUCUGCUCACAAAGGCUUCUAGUUCUUACUACAGGAACCGCUGAAUGGGACUCUCCUUCACUCCCUUGGCUACCCUUCUGGUCCUAGCUCCACUUCCAGAACUUUCUCCCUUAGGGUGGUUUCGUCUCCUGUUCUGGUUCUUGCUCUGCCUCUCCUAACUCCUCCUCCUUGGGCUUACCCCACUCUCUCAGCCUAAUUGUUUGCUGAGUUCAUCCUUAGGGUAGGUUUUGCUUUUUCUGUGCUGCUUAUACUGUGUGCUACCUACCUGAUUCUGGACUCCACAGACUCCCUGCCUAUAAGUUUCCUUUCUCAGGCCCAAAAGGAUGCUCCUUCCCGACCCAAAGGGAUCCUCCUCCAGGCCAAGGUGAUGUUCCUUCUCAAUUUUCUAGGCCAGUGGUUCGAGACCCACAGGAACUGUAUUACAGGGUCGUGGCAUUAGGAAGGUUGAGAACCACUGCUCUAGGCCAAGGUGUUGCCCCCUCCUAACUCCCCAGACCUAAAGUGGCAACCUUCAAGGCACUUAGAGCCAAAAUUCAGCCCCCCUCUGGUGCUUUGGCCUCAGAUUGACACCACUUUGCAGGUAAGAAGGACAUGUUCCCAUUUCAAUAUCUUGGCUCCUGGAUGCUAAAAGCCUGAGGUUUUUGACUCAGGGGCUAGGGUUUGCAUCCUUUUUCUAUUUUUUCUUAGUUGUUCCUUUCUGUGGUCCCAGCUCUAGUUUCUGAGCCACAUUCAUGUUCACUCUCCUCUCCCCAGCCUUGUAUUCCUACACCCCUGUCCCAACCUAAAGCUGAGCCCUGAGCCUCCAGGAUGGAGAAGUGGGGAAGAGCUCUCCAUGGCAGCCUCAUUAAAACCCUAAACAUUUA